GCUCACAUGAAGGGCUUUAGUAUGUAUGGAUAGGCAAAGAACAGUUUGAUGAUACAAGUAAAGAAUAUGCUUGUAUCAACUUGCCUUCUUUUCUUUUCUUCCUCCCAAUACCCCCCCUCCUUUUUUCCCCCCUCUCAUCAUGAUUGGUUAUUUUUACACUCCUUGCUAACACCACAUUCUGCCAUGUCAAGUUGGCCGCAGGGGGUGGACGGUGGUGUCAACAGAUUGUGCUUCAGAUCGCGGAGUUGGGCUUAUCAUUAGGCUUCCACGAAGACGUCGACUCGUUCCAUAGCCGUUACGAUCUGAAAUGUACAUAUUGCAUGCAUACGUAGGUGUUUGGGGGAAGUUUCUGGCAAAUUUUGAAGCUGACACGAACAAAUCAAGUAGCGUUGGCU